UUCAGUUGAGCCAUAGGACAAUUGAUUCUUUUCUAAAAGCUAGAAAGGGUGGCUGGAGAUCUCUCAGUAGCUAAGGUUAAAUGAAUCUACUUUAACCUUACUAAACUACAGGUGGUGAGCAUUAUCAGACCUACCUCCCUAACACCUGGAGAAGUAAUACUGAUGAUGAUCUCUGUGACCCAGAUUUUAGCAAAAUGCUUGUAUGUAUUGUAUCAUGCUGUUGGCCCAAGUUCUGCAUUUCCGACCUUGGAUGAUUUAAAUGAAACUGAAGUUGCUCCCCCUGAGCCAAGGACGAAAGUACAGAUCGUAUCUGAACAGCUGGUGACCUUUUUCAACCCAGUGACGUGUCGACCCAAAACAAAUCAGGCAGUGGUGCCUUGCCAAGCUGGGGAAAAGAGCAACAAGUCGUUGUGUCUGGAACACAAGUGCUGCUUCUCGUCUAAAAAGCAUGUUCAGUUGGACUGCUACACUCCACUCAAAGACCGCCCUCAACAGAUCCUGCGGAUGCUUGGUGCUGGGAUAGGAGGACUGACCCUUCUUGCGUGUCUUCCAUGUUGCUGUUUUAUUCUGGAGAGGAGCCCAUGUUUUAAUGCAUUACGAAGAGGCCCCAAAGGAGAUGAUUUUGAAGAAGACAGUGAUGAUGAGAGUGAUGAAAGCAGUGAUAGUGAUUCUUCAUCAUCCGUCCAAGAUGAUGUUGAGAAACAAACGAGCAAGAAGGAAAAGGGCAAAUAAACCACUCACCACUAUUUGA